UAGCUGGAGAAAGAGAGAGAUACCCACCCUAUCGAAAUGUAUACAAACAGAGAUAGUAUUAUUUGUUUAUACGGUCUCGUGGAUCCACUUUUCUCUCUCAGUGAUAUACUAUUAUUUUAACAUAAAGCUUAUAUAAAAACCAUUUCCCCCACUCCUCCUCCUUCCUCCUCAAGUCACAAAAUAAUUCAAUAUACAGCCAACAGAGCCAAGUCCUUAAACCAGAAAAGAAACAGAAAAUGGGAAGAGACUGGUCUUGGCUCGGCGGAGGAGGUAAGAAGAAACCUUCAAGCAAGUCAAAGAAAGACAUCAACACGCCGCCCCCGCCUCCCUCUUCAUCUCCAGCCGCGCCUCCCUCUUCAUCUCCAGCCGGCAAUACUGCAACGGCGGCCGGAUGCAUGAGUGCUGUGUUUAACAUAUUCGACUUACAGCAUUUACAGUUUCCCAUUAACCACCACCAUCUUCAUCUUCCCAAAGGCGUUGAUGCGCCGAGAAACAGCCUGGAAUCAACGGAGGAGGAGGAAACUCCAUUUUCACCGACCAGAAAAGAUGGAAAUUUAAAUAUCUCUCAGAUGGGUAUUAAAAUCAAGACCAAACCACAAGCAAGAUCAUCAACAUCGUCACUUGCAGCGACUGAAUCUUACUCUCCGAGUGUAAAGACACCAACUUUGGUCGCCAGACUCAUGGGUCUUGAUCUUGUUCCAGAAAAUUACAGAUCAUCUCCUACUCCGUCUUCUUCUUCCUUAAAUGAUCUCAAGACAGCAGCAAGAUCUUCACACACCAACAGACAUAGACAUUACUCUCUCCAAAGAAACUCUGUCGACGGAGGAACACGAUCUCUUCCCGAGACACCGAGGAUUUCACUAGGAAGGAGAUCAGUCGACUGUUACGAACACCAACGUUCUUCACUUCAUCUACGAGACAACAACAACAACGUGUCGUCUGAAAGAGAGAUUGGUGUUAACAAUGUCAGGUGCACGAGGGUCAAAGAGAUGAAGAUACACGAAGAUAAAGAGAACCGGAGCCCACGUGAUUACGCAAGGCAGAUAGUGAUGCAGUUGAAGGAGAACGUCAGCAGGAGAAGAAGAAUGGGAACUGAUAUCACCAACAAAGAGCAACAACCAAGAGAGAGCCAUGAACCCAAGAAAGCUUCUAAGAUCACAAUCACCACACAACACGAUACAUCAUCCCCGAGAAUGGCACUAACAGAAGUCCCCAAAACCAAACCAGCAUCACCACUUCAGACAAAUAACGUUCCUCCCAAGACUCUGGAGGUUCAAGACAAGACCAGGCUACCAACAGUGCAAGAAGAGGAGCCACAGGGAUACAAAAAACAGAGAAAGUCUGUAAAUAAAAGCAAGAAACCAGAGAACUUCAAGUCAAGACUAGUGAAAACAAUGCAGGAGGAGCCGUUUGUUAGAUCACCAGCAACAAGUAACAACAACAACCACAACAAAAGCAAUAAUCUUCUUCUUACUCAAGGAGACAAGUCUUCUCUCUCAAUCAAUGAUAUCGCCAGCUUCAAAAGUGUUCCCUCUCUUCACACCAUCAUCAAGAAGAAAGAUUCAUCACCUCACAAAUCGUCAAAGUUACAAGUGGAAGCGUCAUCAUCGAGAAACAGAGCAUCAACAGAACCUCCUCGUUUCCAGAGCCAAUCAUCAUCAUCAUUAGAGUACAUCACAAGAACCCUAAGACGAACCGGAAUCGACAGAGACACACCAAUCUCAUACGCCAAAUGGUUCUCUCCUUCGCACCCACUCGAUCCAUCAAUCUUCUACUUCCUCGAGCAUUUCGCCGUCACCUCCACUAGACCUAGAAACUCGCUAUCUCUCCGAUCCAAUCGGAAGCUACUGUUCCAUCUAGUCGACGAGAUCCUCGCCGAUAUCUUGAAGCCGCAGAUCAAUCCGAAACCGUGGGUUUGCCGUUACCCGAUCCGAUCGCGGAGGAGUCUCAGAGGAUCGGAGCUGAUCGACGAGUUGAGUCGGAGAAUCGAGAAGUUUCCGUUGGCCGAGUGUUUGGUCCUCGAGGAUAUCGAUUCUCUCGUCGCCGGAGAUUUCCCGGAGACGUCGGCGGCUCAGUCGGGGUUGGCGUUCGAGGAGGAAGGCGAAGGGAUCGUCGCGGAGAUCGAGAGAGGGAUCCUCGAAGCGCUCGUGAUCGAAACGACGACGGACUGUUACGACACGUGGGUCAAAACGGCGCCGCUUAAGAGGAACGAUGAUGUCAGUGGCACGUGGGGAGUUCACGUGACGAGAUGCCCUUCGAACGCUGGGUCCCACCACGACUCGUGGUUGAGGCUUCAACGUGGAUAGAAAAGUGUUCCACAUGGCUGCCAGUCAUUGGCUUUUCUUUGUAUAGACCCACUUUUAUUUUUAUUAUUUAUGUUAAAGUUUUUUUGUAGCCGUUAUAGAAUAGAAUAUAAAAUAAUGUUUUUUCAAAUGUGAAGUGGUAUGGUCCUUUGUUGGAUAGAUCUGUCAGAUGUUUAUGUCCCCCGUGUAUUCCAACAUCCCAUGGGGUUUGCAUAUGCUAUGGUAGACUGAUGAAUAGUAUAAUUCACGAGUUUUGAAUAUU